GGCUCGGUCCCGCCCCGGAGGUGCCGCCCGCCCUUCCGCCGGAGCCGAGGGAGGGACGGAGGCACCGAGGGAGGGCCCGAGCAGCGCCGGGGCCGUGAGGGGCUGCGGCGGCGGCAGCGCAGCGGAGCGGGCCGGCCCCGCCGCCCGGGGCAGCCGGAGGAAGAUGAACCUGAAGUCGGAGCGCAGAGGGAUCCACGUGGAUCAGUCGGAGCUGCUGUGCAAGAAGGGCUGUGGUUACUAUGGCAAUCCUGCCUGGCAGGGCUUUUGCUCCAAGUGCUGGAGGGAGGAAUACCACAAGGCCAGGCAGAAGCAGAUUCAGGAGGAUUGGGAGCUGGCAGAGCGGCUCCAGCGUGAGGAGGAAGAAGCCUAUGCCAGCAGCCAGAGCACCCAGGGGGCACAGUCCCUGACCUUCUCAAAGUUUGAGGAGAAGAAAACCAAUGAGAAAACAAGAAAGGUCACUACUGUGAAGAAGUUCUUCACUGCUUCCUCCAGAGCAGGAGCUAAGAAGGCAGCUGAAGAGAAAACCCCUAAGCAAGGACAGCUUGGGAGGGAGAGAAAUGCUGAUAACAUUCUCAGGGAUUUGAAGGAGAUUUUUACUCCCUCCUGGGAACUGGCUUCCCCUUCUGAAGCGUUGGCUGGCAAGCUGAAAGCAGAGAUCCAGGAGGCCAAAGCUCCCAGCCCUUCCAUCCACAGGCAGGCCAGCAUCGAGACAGACCGAGUGUCCAAGGAGUUCAUAGAAUUCAUCAGGACAUACCAGAAGCCUGGCCAGGACAUCUACAAGCAAUGCAAACUCUUUUUGGACACCAUGAGUCAUAAAAGGGAUUUGAGCAUUGAGGAGCAGUCCGAGUGUGCCCAGGACUUCUACCAAAAUGUAGCAGACAGGCUGCAGACACGUUGGAAAGUGCCCCCUGAAAAAGUGGAGAAGGCAAUGGAUGAGGUUGAGAAAUACAUCAUGACUCGCCAGUAUAAAUAUGUUUUUUGCCCUGAGACAACUGAUGAUGAGAAGAAAGACCUUGCUGUCCAAAAGAGGAUCAGGGCUUUGCACUGGGUCACUCCCCAGAUGCUCUGUGUUCCUGUCAGUGAGGAAAUCCCAGAAGUCUCUGACAUGGUUGUAAAGGCCAUUACAGACAUCAUCGAGAUGGAUUCCAAGCGUGUCCCUCGGGAUAAACUGGCCUGCAUCACCAAAUGCAGCAAGCACAUCUUCAAUGCCAUCAAAAUCACCAAAAAUGAGCCAGCCUCUGCUGAUGAUUUCCUGCCCACCCUGAUUUACAUCGUGCUGAAGGGGAACCCCCCACGCCUGCAGUCCAACAUCCAGUACAUCACUCGCUUCUGCAACCCCAGCAGGCUGAUGACUGGGGAGGAUGGAUAUUAUUUCACCAACCUGUGCUGUGCUGUGGCCUUCAUUGAAAAGCUGGAUGCUCAGUCCUUAAACCUGAGCCAGGAAGAUUUCGAUCGGUUCAUGACGGGCCAGACCUCCCCAAAAAAGCAGGAAUCUGACAGCUUCUCCCCUGAUGUGUGCCUGGGGGUGAAGCAGAUGUGCAAAAGCUUAGACCUCCUCUCUCAGUUGAAUGAGAGACAGGAAAGAAUUGUCACUGAAGCCAAGAAGCUGGAGAAAGACCUCAUUGAUUGGACUGAUGGCAUCACCAAGGAGGUGGAGGAUAUUGUGGAGAAAUACCCCUUAGAAAUCAAACCAAAAAGUCAAGCCUUGGCAGCCAUUGACUCUGAAAACGUGGAGAAUGACAAGCUGCCCCCACCACUGCAGCCUCAGGUUUAUGCAGGAUAAUUAUCCUCAGCUAGCUGGGAAGGGAAGCAAAUUUAAAGCUAAAAAAAAAGAGCUUAAAUCAGUACAUUUUUAAAGGUACUUUUGUUUUGGGGUUUGGUUUUUGGUUUGGUUUUUUUUUUCUUUUUUUGGUUAAGUGUAAUGAAUUGUAUUUAUUUUAGUCCAGUAGAUUUCUAUUAGGCUUUGGUGGGUUUUUUGAACUGAAUUUCAAUUUUCUACACGAACUGGUGUAAUUUUUAAGCAACACUAGUCCAUUGACAUCUCUCCUGAAAGUUCCCUUCUAAGCAUGCACUUAAUUGUUUUUAAUAAUUAGUUUAACUUGAAGCCAAGUUCCAGCAGGAAAAAAAAAAAAAAAAAGAACCAAUGUUAGUCUGAACUUAUUCUGUAGCUGUAAAGAUGAAUUAUAUAUUGUAAAAUAUGUAAAAUUGUAAAUAGAUUUCAAAUCUAAUGUCCCAACUGCAUGAGCUCGUGUGUGAGUGAAAAUGAUCUCAAAAUAUUCAUUUUAGCACCUUUGAGUUCCAUCAUGUUGCAGUAAAAAAGGCAAAAAUGCUGUUGGAGUUUGGAUAAGCUGGAGGGGAGAAGUUGGGAGUGAUUUGCAAACUUGAAAAAUCAUCUUAAUCUGCUUUGUUAAGAAAGAAUUCUUUCAAAGAUGCCAUUUCUUCAUUUAAAUGCUCUGUCAGAACACCUGGUAGCCUUGAGUGGUGCACAGAAUUGCUGAUUUUACUGCUUUGGGAUGGAAUGUGGGGCCAGAAAUCGAAAAUAUUUCAGGAAUAGGAAGAAAUAUUUCUAUUAAAAACUGCAUAAUGUGGAACAAAAAAAGGGGAGGGGAAAGAGACCAUGAAAGAGUUGCUCCAAAUGUGUCUCUCUCUCCCCUGGUCACUUCCAUCAGUGGGAUGAAUUUUGGUUGCUUUCUUGACAAUCAAUCCUGGGAAAAUAAAUAAAUAAAUAAAUUCAUAUAAUUUGAGGUUGCUUUUUAGGAGGAGCAGAAGAAUGCACUUUAUUUCUGUGAAACAUCAACGUUCUGCUCUUCAGUGACCCCUUCAGCACCUUGAACAGCGAGCUAAAAAAUGGCUUUUUGUGUCACUGAAAGUCACUAAAAUUCAGAUUGGGGUGAAACAGAAGAAAAACAACCUCUUAAACAGAACUUGGAAACUUCUUCUGAGUCGUUUUGGAAUCUCUUCCAUGCUGCCCUGACCUGAGAUCCCAAACACAAAGCUCAGCUGGAACUGCUUUAAAGCCAGGUUUAAUUCUUGCCAGGAGGAGGAAAACACAAAGCUGGUGCUCCGUUCCCACUUCACUGCAACUCUGCUCCUAUUCCAUUUGCACUGCAAUAACCUCAGCCCACGACUGUGAUUUGUCCCUUUUUCUGCAGUUUUUGGCUUUUUUUUAUGAACUAUGCACCAGCCCUGGUGUCCAGAGAAGCAGCUGCAGCCCUGGGAUGCUCACAACAACACAAAAAAAAAAUCAAAUUAUUCUGAGUCGCCACCCAAAUCGCUUAGUAAAUAAUCCUGGGGUUUAUUUCGUUUAUUUAGGUGCUGAUUCUGAUCUCCAGGUUUGUCCUGGGGGAGCGGUGGGAGAAGCAAACUUGCGGCUGUUGUGUAAAUGAGAGUGUUUAAAUAAAAGUUCUGCCCUCCUUAACGAGUCCCUAAA